GUCGGCAAAUCGGGUCAUUUCGAAUCAUUUUCGCAGGAACUGUUUAUUUAUUUUUGUGAUUUAAAAAAGUGAAUUUCGGAUCGAAAAUGCUGCAAAUUUAUAGGCAAUCGUGUUUCAGAAGGACACUUUUUACCACCUCCUGUAAAUGCGUUAAAGAUGAUUUGAAAAAUCCCAAAUUGGCUGCCAUAAAAGAGCAAAUCGAGGAGGACAAAAAACGCCUUCAAUGGAAAACACCGUACGCUGAUCAGCCGGGAACCUUUGAAAGUGCAUUCAAGCUAUUUUCCUCUAAUAACCGGAACUCUGAACUGCUGGAAAGGAUGCAACAACCGAUCGACGUUUCCCCGAAGGCGAUUAAAAAGUGGUGGUCCAAUCGAAAAGAUACCAUUGAAGCACACAUGCAAAAAUUUAUCCCGGAACGCCACGCUAGUCUGGGGGAUGAUUUGGCUGCGGCACAUUUCGUAGUACAUCGUGGAGGUGCCGUAAGGUUUUUAGGUCAGAAAGACUGGAUUCAAAUGGACGAAGAAGAUGACUACGAUCUGCCACGGCAUUACGAUCCCAACUGGGUGCUGGAGCAAAUCAAAUGCGAUAACAUAGAUCUGUUUUACGAUGGAUUGGAAAACAUUCGACGCCUUCGCAAUUUGAAGAGCCUUUCGUUUGAGAAUGUUAAACGAUUCGAUGAUUGGUAUCUGGAUCGUGUUUCUGGUUCGGGAUUCCCUGCUUUGGAGCAUCUCAAUCUAAAGGGAACGGCAGUGACAGAACGAGGAUUGAACUGUCUCUAUCGUUUGCCCAGCUUGCGAACAGUGUUCGUCGAUGAACCCGAGAAAAAUGUUUCCUGGAAACUGACCAUUGCAAUGCUCGAAGAAUGGAAUCCAAACAUGUCGGUCAGGAGUGCUUAAGUUGUACCAAUUCAUUCUAGUCACUUUAUUUGAAACAUAAAUUAAACAACAAAAAGACAAUUUAAUGUUCCAAAC